AUGGAGGCCGCAACUAAGGGCCACUACCGCUUGGCGGGUCGCGAAUUUCCCAAGGUCAACUGGCUUACUGAUCCUGGAUUGCGAAGAAACUACAUCUGCUUGAUGUUCGUUGUCAUCACCAGUGCCACCAAUGGUUACGAUGGUUCGAUGAUGAACGGUCUCCAGGCCCUGAAGAUCUGGCAAAGUGACUUCCACUACCCGUCCGCAUCUUCCCUGGGUCUGCUGAACGCCAUCAUGUCUGUCGGUUCUCUUGUUGCUCUCCCAGUUGUCCCUUACAUCGCCGACGGGCUCGGUCGCCGCGCCGGUAUCCUUACUGGCUGUAUCAUCAUGAUCAUCGGAGUCGUCGUCCAGUCUGCCGCCAUGAAGCUGUCUAUGUUUAUUGGAGCUCGUUUCCUGAUAGGCUUUGGAGUUGCCAUCGCCCACGGCGCCUCGCCCCUGCUCCUCACUGAGCUUACUCACCCUCAGCACCGUGCUACCUUCACGACUAUCUACAACACAACUUGGUACUUGGGCUCAAUCGUAGCCGCCUGGUUGACAUUCGGAACUUUCCACAUCCAGAACCACUGGGCUUGGAGAAUCCCCUCAAUCGUUCAGGCAUUCCCCUCCAUUCUCCAGCUCAUCUUCAUCUGGUUCGUUCCUGAGUCACCUAGAUUCCUGAUCGCCAAGGGCAAGGUAGAGCAAGCACACAAGGUUCUGGCCGAUGUUCACGCCAACGGAAACCUCGACGACGAAGUUGUGAUGCUUGAGUUGAACGAGAUCAGAGAUACCCUGAAGUUGGAGCAAGAAUUCGAGGGCAACAACUGGACUGAACUCUUCAAGACUCCCGGUAACCGCCACCGUCUGAUUAUUCUCUGCUCCGUCGGUUUCUUCUCGCAAUGGAGCGGUAACGGUCUCGUCUCGUACUACCUUACUUUGGUCCUCGACCAGAUUGGCAUCACUGACACCAACACUCAACUUGUCAUCAACGGUGUUCUGCAAAUCAUCAACUUCAUCGUCGCUGUUGGUCAAUGUUUCUUCGUUGAUCGUAUCGGCCGUCGUACUCUGUUCUUGAUUUCCACUGCUGGUAUGAUGAUGGCCUUCAUCGUGCAAACCAUCUGCUCUGCUCGCUUCGUUGUCGACGGAACUGAUGCUGCCGCCAACUCGGUCGUCGCUUUCAUCUUUAUCUACUACGUCUUCUACAACAUUGCCUUCUCCGGUCUCUUGGUCGGAUACUCAGUCGAAAUUCUGCCUUACAACAUCCGUGCCAAGGGUAUGACUCUCAUGUUCUUGUGCGUUGAUCUCGCUCUUUUCUUCAACCAGUACGUCAACCCUGUCGCUCUCAAGCACAUCCACUGGAAGUACUACAUCGUCUACUGUGUCUGGCUCGGCUUCGAACUCUUCAUCGUCUGGAAGUUCUACAUCGAGACCCGCAACACUCCCCUCGAGGAAAUCGCCAAGUACUUCGAUGGCGAGGACGCUGUUGUCGGUGGUGCUGUCGCUACCGAGAAGAGCAAGGCAUUGGCAGCCGAGAUGGGUGGUCUGGGCACGGUGAACAUGACCGAGAAGGAUGGCCUGGCUGUCGAGCACAGAGAGUUGUAG